GUCGGUACUCCACUCCCGGAUGACAGCACUUCUAUCGAGAAUUCUACCGCGGCGCAUUCAUGGAGAGCGGUUGAUUCUUUCUUUAGGCCAGCCCAUGGUCAUCAUCUUUUCGCGGUGAUGAGGCCUAUUCUUUCGUUCAGCCGACUGUGUCUCCGGCAAGGUCUAUCACAGAUUCGACCCUCAAUCGCCCGUCAAGCCCGCACCUACGGGACCACCGCGAACCGCUUUGCGACAGCAAGAGCCCAAUUCCGUCGGCCACCGAACAAUGGAGGCAAACUGCUGCUGGCCUCGGUGGCAGCGUUGACGCCCGCGUUUUUCGUGCAGCUCUCCGAGCAGGAUAACGAUGGCACCGACAAUACCGGGGAGGAACGGAUGCUGGAGGCUUCGCGGGAGGAGAUAGAAAAGAAGCUGUCUGACGACGACGAGGGGAUUUUCCGGAUAUUCAAAGGCAUAAUUCUCUUCCUCGACCUGAAUAUAUGGGAGCCGCUGUGCACUGGGUUCAGAUUCCUGCACUUGGUUAUAAUAUUCGUCCCUGUGAUCGCUGCCGUGCCUUUGAUUUGGAUUGGACAGAGACAGGCCGAGCAAGACCACGAGAGGUCGGGAACGCUACUAUGGUAUCGAUUCCUCGUCAACUCGAUGGAGCGCGCCGGCCCAGCUUUUAUUAAACUAGGCCAAUGGGCCGCAUCCCGUUCCGACAUAUUCCCAACCCAGAUGUGCGAGAUGAUGUCCCAACUACACUCCAACGCACCCGCACACUCUCUCCACGACACAAAGCGCAUCAUCCGACGCGCCUUCGACCACCGCCCAUUCGAAGAUAUCUUCGAGGAGUUCGAGGAGCAGCCCCUCGGCGUCGGCGCAAUCGCGCAAGUCUACAAAGCAAAGCUAAAGCCCGACCUCGCCGUGCCAGGCGACCCGGAUCUGGCUGACCACAUCGAGUUCCGCAAGACCGUGCGCCAUAAUGUGGACACCCUCAUCAAGAAGACCCCGCAGCGCGUGCCGUCCAACUACGUCGCGAUCAAAGUGCUGCAUCCAGGCGUCGAGCGCCUCGUGCGCCGCGACCUGUGGAUUAUGGGAUUCUUCGCUAGCGUACUCAAUGCGAUUCCUACGAUCGAGUGGCUCUCUCUACCCGACGAAGUAUCGCAGUUUGCGUCUAUGAUGCGCCUCCAACUGGAUCUGCGCAUCGAAGCUACCAAUCUCCUCCUUUUCCGCCGCCACUUCGCCGACCGCACCACGGCGUGGUUCCCAUACCCCCACACGGCCUUCACAACUCGCCAGGUCCUCGUCGAGGAGUUCGCCCAAGGUAUUCCCCUCGCGGACUUCAUGGAAAACGGCGGCGGCGUCUUCCAAGAGGCCAUCGCGAACGAAGGCCUCGACGCCUUCCUACGCAUGCUCCUCAUCGACAACUUCGUCCACGCCGACCUGCACCCCGGCAACAUAAUGGUGCGCUUCUACCAGUCAUCAAAACCCCACCUCCCCUUCUCAAGUAACGGCCCCGACCCCGCCACCGCCACGGACGUCACCGAGACAGUCCUAGAGCGCCUCCGCCCCUACCGUAAACGUCGCGACAAGACAGGCUGGGAAGACGAGCUCGCGCGCAUCGACGCCGCUGGCUUCCGGCCGCAGUUGAUAUUCAUCGAUACAGGUCUCGUGACGGAGCUGAACGCUACGAACCGCCGCAACUUCCUCGACCUCUUCAAGGCGGUCGCAGAGUUCGACGGUUACCGCGCGGGACACCUCAUGUGCUCGCGCUCGCGCCAGCCCGAGGCCGUGCUAGAUCAGGAAAUCUUCGCGCUGAAGAUGCAACAUCUCGUGCUGUCUGUCAAAUCACGAACACUGGCGCUGGGGAGCAUGCGUAUAGGAGAUAUCCUGCAUGAGGUUCUCCAGAUGGUGCGCGCGCAUCACGUGCGCAUGGAGGGGGACUUUAUAAAUGUCGUUCUCAGCAUCCUGCUCUUGGAGGGUAGUGGUAGGCAGCUAAAUCCGGAUAUCGAUUUAUUGUCUAGUGCGCUGCCGAUCCUGAGACAGCUCGGGGCGCAGAGUGGUGGUGGGAUGCUGAGACAGGGGGAUUUCAGUAUGUUGAAGGUCUGGGCUGGGUUGGAGGCGAGGAAGUUCAUGCAAGCCAGUGUUGAGGAUGUUGAGCGUGCGGUGAAAUAUGACCAGCUCUCACCGAAUGUAUGAGUGGCUACAUUAUGGAUAUUUAAUUGGUAAGUAGGGUAUAACUGCACGGUGCCGGCAAUACGGUCGGGGAUAUGUAUAUAGGCGUUUUGGUAUAGGCAUUCAUCUCAGGUUGGCGAGAGGAAGGGUGGUAAGGGGAUAACAUAGUAAUGUAAAUACUCCACUAUAUAUAGACGAGAUAGACGGGGAAUACAUAUAUACCCA